CCGCAGCAACGGGCGGGUAUCAUCUAGUUCGAAGAAAUUCUUCCUCUGUUGCCCGUUUUGCCCAAACACCAUCGUCUCCGCUCUUCUCCGACGAGGUACACAUUCCGUUUCCCCUCUGCUCCGCUCCCCCACCUACCCUGCCCAGCAGCGCCAGCGACGGCAAACCCACCGAUGGACGCAACCGAGCGCCGCCUCCGCGCCGUCUCCGCCCACCUCCAGCCCCAAGCAACCGCCGCCCGCCGCACCUCCGAUAGCCUCGCCCCCAAUCCCACCGCAGGAGAGUACGCCCACGUGCUUGGCUACAGCGCUGUCCUCCCCGAGAAGUUGCAGACUGGAAAAUGGAACGUGUACCGAUCUGCACAUUCACCUAUAACGCUGAUAGAUAGAUUUUCAGACUACCCAGACAUUGGGACGUUGCACGAUAACUUUGUGAAUGCAGUUGAGACUUUCAGAGACUGUAGAUACCUAGGUACAAGGGUCCAUGCAGAUGGAACAAUUGGAGACUACAAAUGGAUGACUUAUGGAGAAGCUGGCACAAGCAGGACUGCAAUAGGUUCUGGUCUUAUUUGUCAUGGAAUACCUAAAGGCGCACGUGUUGGUCUGUAUUUUAUAAACAGACCUGAGUGGACCAUAGUUGACAAUGCUUGUUCUGCGUAUUCAUAUGUUUCUGUGCCACUAUAUGAUACUCUUGGUCCAGAUGCAGUUCAGUUCAUUGUGAAUCAUGCAUCACUAGAGGCUAUCUUCUGUGUUCCUCAAACACUAAGCACUUUGUUAAGCUUUAUAACUCAAAUGCCUUGUGUGCGCCUUAUCGUGGUAGUUGGUGGAAUCGAUGAGAAUAUGCCAUCUUCACCUGCAGCUGCUGGAAUGGAAAUCAUAACCUACUCCAUGCUACACAGACAGGGACAUAUGAGUCCCCAACCCUUUCGGCCUCCAAAACCUGAAGAUGUUGCCACUAUCUGCUACACUAGUGGCACUACUGGCACACCAAAGGGAGCUGUUCUUUCUCAUGCGAAUUUCAUUGCAAAUGUAGCAGGCCAGGACUUGGGCGUUAAGUUUUACCCCUCGGACGUGUACAUCUCAUAUCUACCUUUGGCACACAUCUACGAGAGAACUAACCAAAUAUGGCUCGUUCAUCGCGGUGCUGCCGUUGGGUUCUACCAAGGGGAUAAUUUGAAGCUGAUGGAUGAUCUUAAUACUCUGAAACCAACAGUAUUUGCGAGUGUUCCCCGGUUAUAUAACAAAAUUUAUGCUGCAAUUACAAAUGCUGUGAAGGAGUCUGGUGGGUUGAAAGAACGAUUAUUUCAUGCUGCAUAUAAUGCUAAGAGGCAAGCUAUUAUUAAUGGACGGAAUCCAUCCCCAGUGUGGGAUAAGCUGGUAUUUAACAAAAUAAAAGCUAGGCUGGGUGGACGAGUAAGGGUUAUGUCUUCAGGUGCUUCUCCAUUGUCGCCAGAUGUAAUGGAAUUCCUCAGAAUAUGCUUUGGUGGUGAUAUUCUUGAAGGCUACGGAAUGACGGAAACAUCUUGUGUCAUUACUUUAAUGGAUGUUGGUGAUAUAUCAAUUGGUCAUGUUGGAUCUCCCAAUCCUGCUUGUGAGGUUAAACUUGUGGAUGUCCCUGAAAUGAACUACACAUCUGAGGAUCAACCAUACCCUCGUGGAGAAAUAUGUGCCCGGGGACCUAUAAUAUUCCAGGGUUACUAUAAAGAUGAAGUUCAAACCAGAGAGGUCAUUGAUGAGGAUGGUUGGUUGCAUACUGGGGACAUAGGUUUGUGGCUGCCUGGAGGGCGCCUAAAGAUUAUAGACAGGAAAAAGAACAUUUUCAAGUUAGCUCAAGGAGAAUACAUAGCUCCGGAGAAGAUCGAGAAUGUUUAUGCCAAGUGCAAGUUCAUUGCCCAGUGCUUUGUAUAUGGCGAUAGCUUUAAUUCUUGCCUAGUUGCCGUUGUAGCAGUUGAGCCAGAGGUGUUGAAGAGUUGGGCUGCAUUAGAAGGAAUCCAGUAUGAGGAUUUAAGACAGCUCUGUUCUGAUCCUAGAGCAAGAGCUGCUGUGCUGGCUGACAUGGAUUCUAUUGGGAAGGAAGCACAGCUAAGAGGUUUUGAGUUUGUCAAAGCUGUUACUCUUGUUGCUGAACCAUUCACACUAGAAAAUGGCCUCCUCACCCCAACAUUCAAGGUCAAAAGACCGCAAGCAAAGGCGUAUUUUGCAAAAGAAAUCACAGAUAUGUAUGCACAAUUGCUUGAUGCAGAGUCAGCCAAGCCCAAGUUGUAAUUACACAAGUAAUGGUCAAAAUAAGCAGUCAAUCAAGGAACCAAAACUAAUCUUUCCAAUCAACAACAGCCUGGGCAAGUGCUUGGUGCAGUUAAUUUGAUUACCGUGGUCAAGUAUAACUGGAUGAGCCCAGCAUAUGCAUCUUCUUAACUUCUUUUCCCUUUUUUACAAUAUACACUCAUGUAAUCCUGCCGUUGUAAAGAUAUAUAGAAUAACAUAUUGGUGCCCUAAUUUUGAUCUGCUGUAUGUGCAAUAUAUUACAAGAAAAGCCAAGUGUACGCAAAAUCAGGAAUUAAGCUGCUGUGCGUGGUAAUAUAUGAUAACCACAUGACGUCUUGAUAUUUUUAGUUA